AUUUUGUACUACUUUAUGACCUAGCAGAAUAUAAUUCUGAUUACAAACAUAUAAAAAUAUUGAAGGGACAAUUAAUCUAUAUUUUGUUUCCGAAAUGUAUGCCUAUACGCGAGGUAUUUACAAUGUCAUCUUGAUUGAUGGUACGAUUGUUUGGAAAUCCCACGAAUCUAUCUGCGUAUGGAUAUGACCCAGCCAGGAAGUAAUACGGUUUUGGCACUAUGAAAGUACAUUUUGACAAAACUCCCAUCUUAUGAUGCCAAAAAUGGCAGCUUUUCGGCUUUUGCUGAUCGUCAAUGUACUACUUUGUGUAGCCGAAGUAACAGGAAUAUCAUGUCACUGUAAUGAACAAGCUUCCUGUGAUGAUAAAAAUAACGAGACGUGUGAUGCUGGAGAAGGGGGUGCCUGCUACAAACAGGUUCAUAGAAACGAGGAAACAAAUGAACCUAUCACAGCAUAUGGGUGUUUUGAAGAAGCUGACCUGAAGCCGGAUAAUAGGCCACUGAGGUGUGCAAACACUGAGAAAAUACGGCAUGUUAAAGUUAUAGAAUGUUGCUCUUCCAAAGACUAUUGCAACAAAUGGAUGAAUGUAACAUUGAAGACACUGCCAACUAAAGUUCCCAAGCCAACAAAGACAGUUGGAGCUCUUGGUCUGAGCUGGUGGGAGUUGACGCUACUUAUAGGCAUUCCCGUUGCCUUCAUUUGCAUUAUGGGAGUUGCCUUUUUCCUGUAUGUUAAGCACCAAAAAGACCGACGCUACCUCUCCCACAGGUAUCCUAUCCACAGCACAGGACCUCUUCAUCUACAGGAUGAGUAUGAGGGUCUAAUGCCAGCUAACAGCACCCUGAAGGAUCUUAUAUCUUCUGGUACCUGUUCGGGAUCAUCUGGGUCAGGUCUACCUCUGUUAGUACAAAGAACAGUAGCGCGGCAGAUACAGCUUUACGAGACAAUUGGCUUAGGUCGCUAUGGAAAAGUUCUACGGGGAAGGUGGCGGGGAGAAAAUGUUGCAGUAAAAAUAGUCCAAGCACGAGAAGAGCAAUCGUGGUCCAGAGAAUCUGAGCUCUACCAGACAUCCAUGUUGAGACAUGAAAAUAUACUGGGAUUCAUAGCUGCAGAUAAUAAAGAUGUUGGUCCAUGGACUGAACUGUGGCUGGUAACAGAUUACCAUGAGAAUGGGUCUCUUUUUGAUUACCUCAACAAGUAUGAGAUUGAUACUCCAGGCAUGAUCAAACUUGUUACAAGCACAGCUAGUGGCCUGGCCCAUCUACACAUGGAGAUAGUAGGUGUACAGGGGAAACCUGCUAUUGCCCAUCGUGAUUUAAAAUCUAAAAACAUCCUAGUUAAGUGGAACCAUACAUGCUGUAUUGCUGAUCUAGGUUUAGCUGUAAGACAUGAGUCUGCCACUGACACUGUAGAUGUGGCACACAACCCUAAUAGAGUGGGGACUAAACGCUAUAUGGCCCCAGAAAUUCUAGAUGAAACAAUUAACACCUCACAUUUUGAGUCAUUCAAGAGAGCUGAUGUCUACGCACUUGGUUUGGUUCUCUGGGAGAUUGCACGCAGAUGUAAUGCUUGUGGCAUAGUUGAGGAUUACCAGCUGCCCUACUAUGAUGUGGUGCCCUCUGAUCCUACAAUGGAGGAAAUGAAGAAAAUAGUCUGUUGUGAUAAACAAAGGCCUUCGAUACCAAACAGAUGGCAAGGCAAUGAGUCGAUGCGGAUUAUGGGUAAACUCAUGAGGGAAUGCUGGUAUCACAAUGGUGCUGCACGGCUUACUGCGCUACGUAUCAAGAAAACUUUAGCUUCUCUCAAAGAGUCACAUGAUAUAAAAGUGUAACAUAUGGUGCCACCUAUCUGUACAGUAAUGAUAAUGAUAGAAAUAAUGUUGAAAGAUGAAAGAGAUAAUGUUGAAAGAAGACAGAGAUAAUGUUGAAAGAAGACAGAGAUGAUGCUUAAUGCUAGAUAGAUAUAAAAUCUUGAUAAGAGAGAAGGUAGCUGAAAUGAAUAUGGAUGACAUGUUGACUGCAGAAAUAGUGUGAUAAAGAGGCAUCCAGAGAAUGUCACCAAGAUGGACUGAGCUGGCCAAAAGCUGAAGAUCUAAACUGAAAGGUGCAUAUUAAUGAUAUGAGCAUAAUGCCGACACCUAGGAUAA